CUCAGGAAACCGAGUAUCACAGCUUAAGGGAAAGGGCCUGGCAUGUCCUGACUGCAGUUUUAACCGAGAUCUGCAGACCGCCGGUGCCGAGAUGUCAGCUGCGCAUUUGAAACCAGGCUGUUUCCUCUUCCUGUACCUACUCUUCCAGGAUGCCCUGAGCAUCUGCACCAUCGGAAGUGCCAGCGAGUGCCGUGAUACUAACGUUGUGCCAGGGGCCAGAUUGGCAGGGUUGGGCUAUGACGUGGUGACCCUGCAGCCCAAGGGGGCCUCUGUGAUCGACGUGAGCACCUGGCACUCGGCCAACGGGAGCUGCACCCUCUGCCGCAAUGAGCAUCUCGGUAACGUGCGCCAGCGGCUGCCCACCUCGCUGGUGGACUGGCGCACCCUGAGUUCCUGCCACCGCUCCCUCUCCAGUGGGCUCGACCACUCGGCCGCUGAGCUGUCGCAGUCUGCCACCUCGGACGUCACCAACGACUGGUGGGCGGACCUGCUCCUUCCACCCAAACCGGGCACCGGCGCCAACCUGGUGCUGGCUGGCUCCAAGUCCAAGCUGGUGGAGUUCGGAACCACCCGCUCCAAGAGCGACCGCUACAGUUUCGCCAGUCACCAGUUCCAGUGCAUCUAUUACCAGUUUCGGGUGAAGGCCCAGCCGCUCCUGGCACCCGAGUUCACCCGCUCCCUUUCCCGCCUCCCCACCGUCAUGAAUGACGACGCCAAAUACCAAUACAAGAAGCUGGUGGCCACCUACGGUACCCACUACCUCAAGUCGGUGGAGCUGGGUGGACGCUACAAGUCCGUGACAGCUAUUCGGACAUGUGAGGCAGCGUCCGAGGGCUACAGCGCCGAGGAGGUGAAGGACUGCCUGUCUUUAGAUGCCCAUGUCACGCUGCAGUUGACCACAAAGUCCUCAGUGGGUUACCAGAGGUGCAAGGAGAUAGCACGUGCCAUGAAGCACAACAAAGUCUACCAGGCCUUCGGUGACCGGGAGACAGAGUUGAGGGGGGGAAGGGUCCGGCAGCGGACAGACCUCUUCCUCUCCGGGGAUACCUCGGCCUUCACCAGCUGGAUGGAGAGCCUGUCCACUCACCCGGGCAUAGGGCGCUAUGCCCUGGAACCUCUCCACCACCUGCUUCCCAACAGUGACCCCAGGCGUGCGAUCCUGCGGCGCUACAUCAGCGACUACAUCGCGGGCGGUGCCCUCUCCCUGCAGUGCACUCGGUGCCCCCACGGCUCCUACCACGAUCCACGCCAUCCCUGCUCGUGCUUGUGCCGCGGAGAGAGUCACGUGGACCGGAACUGCUGCUCCAAGGGGAAGGGGCUGGGUCGCCUGGUGGUCACCGUCUGGGAGGGCCGGGACCUCAGGGGGGACGCUUUCUCCAAAACCGAUGGCUACGUGGUGGUCAAGUACAGAGAGGCGACGGCCAGGACUUCCAUGAUCUCAAACAACAAGCACCCCCAGUGGAACGCCGAGUUGUACCUGGGCGAGGUCAAGGCUGAGAGUGGGCACAAGCUGACCAUCGAGGUCUGGGACCAGGAUGCCAAACACGACGACCUCCUUGGCACCUGUCAGGUCCGACUCACCUCUGGCACCCACGGUGAAACCUGCUUCCUCAAGUACGGCAGGGUGACCUAUGGCUACACCUUCACCUGUGGUCCCCACCUGGGUGGCGCCACCUGCCAGGAUUACAUGCCCAGCCCUGCUGAGUGACACUUCACCCCUAACAGGGUCUUGCCAAACGCACACUCCUGCCCACCCUGUCUGAGCUACCAUUUCCCGUGACCUCCUUUCCAUCGCCCUUUCCCAGCAGCAUCUUGCUCGCACCGUGUCAUAGAGGCAGAGAGUCGGAGAGUCCUUCAGCACAGAGACAUCUCCUUUGGCCCAAUAUGCCAAACUGAUUAGAUUAGAUUACUUACAGUGUGGAAACAGGCCCUUCGGCCCAACAAGUCCACACCGACCCGCCGAAGCGCAACCCACCCAGACCCCUACAUUUACCCCUUACCUAACACUACGGGCAAUUUAGCAUGGCCAAUUCACCUGACCCGCACAUCUUUGGGCUGUGGGAGGAAACCGGAGCACCCGGAGGAAACCCACGCAGACAUGGGGAGAACGUGCAAACUCCACACAGUCAGUCGCCUGAGGCGGGAAUUGAACCCAGGUCUCUGGUGCUGUGAAGCAGCAGUGCUAACCACGGUGCCACCGUGCCGCCCUCAUUCUCUGCAACCAUCCACAAUCUCAGUCGAGCUGAACACCUCCACCUUCACUCCGAUGUCCAACCAAGCUCACGCCAUUUCUCUGCUCUUGGCCCGCCCUCUCCGAACCACCAGCGGACUACUUCACCUGACCCUUUCCCUAGGAGCCCCUUUGUCGGACUGUAUCAAGGCUACAUUACAGCAGUAUUGUAGCUGUCAUUUCGGUGUGGGUGCACCGUUAAAUCUUUCCAUUCAUUCCUACUCCACACAAUCGCAAUGGACCCCCAAGCUACUCUCCAUUCACUCCAACACUAAACAAUCCCAAUGGACCCAAUCCCUUUCACUUCGACUCGACAUAACUCCAUAUCCUUCUUUCCCACUCUACACAAUCACAAUAGACCCAAACCCUUUCCAGUUCACUGCUACCCUAAAAAAUCCCAUUAGACCCAAUUCAUCUCCCUCCAUUCCAAAGCUUUUUCCAACCACGCUAGCAGUGCAGCCCAUCAAGAAGUGCAACUAAGCUGAUUUCUAUGUACAUUUGUAUAAUCUCAUAUACUUGUAAUAAAUCCAACUCAAUGGC